AUGUCCUCAGCAUGGUUUCACAGCGUACUGCUGCUUAUGAUUUGGCCGUUCGUACGUGGUGAUCGGCCUGCUCAAGACCUGGGCACAGGUCCUCCUCCCCAUGGCAGUGAGGACGAAGAGUACUACCUCGAAGACACCGGCGAAAAGGAGUAUUACUAUUACGAUCAGGACGAAUACUAUGAGUACUUCCAAGACAGGAAGCCUGUAGCUCCCCUCAGGAACCGUCGUAUGGACAAAUCGAUUAACAAGAUACGACGCCUGGUACAAGCAGCGGUGCUGGCGUGCAACGAAACGGAGUUGAUUCAUUUUAAAAACAUUUGCGAGAAAAAAAUGGACCUGGUAAAAGUGUUGCAGAACACGACGCUCCGGGGUAAAGUCGGAAAGGCCUCUCGCGUGCGCAAGAUUUGCAGGCUGGUGAGGCAGUACGCUGACUGCAUAUCGGCCAUGGUUCCUAGCGGCGACUGCCCCGACGUGGCCUUCAGGCUGAAGACGGAUGCUCAGCGCAGUAUCUACCGCCAGGGCUUCCAGAUGUGUCGCUCGCCCGGUCUUGCUCCUCCGCACUUCUCGCUCGUCACUGUCGCCCUCCUGUUGGUGUGCGUCGGAGAAGCAUGGCCGAAAUAA